AGAGGCUGAAGCCAGAAGCUCAUGAAUCUGUUGAUGUGGUUCUGAUCCAUUCUGUAGGAACCUGCUCAGAGGAGGAAGAAGGAAUCUUAUAGUGAUGGAACUUCUCACAGACAGGAUUGAGUUUCUUUGUCUCCCAACACGCUGCUGAUCGUUUGAUUCUUUUCUUCUUCUCCUCUCGAUGUUCUUGUGUGUGGAGGUGAGUUCUCGAUGGGCGAGCUCCAGGAUCCCUUCCUCGUCUGCGUCCACCUCAUCGCUGACCCCGGCCAGGGCAAGUUGCUGCAGCGUGCUGCCGACGGCGUGCUGGCGUGGGUCCACCCUGAGCUGCAGCUCUUCCGGGUCUCGGAGCGGGCCUCCGUCUGCCGGCCCAAACGCCAUCAAAACGGAGGCCCGGUUGGCGCCUGCCAACCGGCCCUGGCGGUCAUCGUCUUCCUCCAGGAGGCGCACGGCGGCGAGGAGCAAGUGCUGAUGCUGCACCGCGCUCUGCAGAAGCCGCCGUGGUGCUUCCACCACACGGAGACGGUCAGCAAUGGCCGCCGGAUGUCACCGCUGUCGCCGUGCAGUCAGGACUUCUUCACGCUGUCCGCCGGCACGCCGCUCUGGGCCAUGCGGCAGGUCCACUACGGGAAAGAGAUUGUGCGCUUUACCGUUUACUGCCGACACGGGAACUACGUGGACAUGGUGCGGCUUUACAAGCUGCUGCUGCAGCGCAGGCCGGCACAGAAGAAAGAGGACUUCUGCUUCUUCGUGGUGUACUCCAACCCGGAGAUGGAGAUCCAGUUGUCCUUCAAGAGGCUCCCGCGAGGCCAGAGUCCCGCUGUGCUGGAGUCGGCGGUGAUGGAGGUGAGGGUGCGAGAUAUCGGGACGCUGGUGCCCCUGCUGCCUCAGCCCUGCAGCCCCAUCAGUGAGGUCCGCUGGCAGACGGAGGACUACGAUGGAAACAAGAUCCUGCUGCAGGUGAGGGGGG